AUGGCGGCGGUUUCAAUUCUUACUUCGGCUGCCGCCUUCGACAAGCAAUGUGAAAGGGUGGGCUUGGCAGCGGAUUGGAUCGCUGCCAUGAAAGCUUCAGGCAUCACUACGCUGGGCAAGUUGAGCUAUGCAGUAUCGCUCCCAGGAACGCAACCGACGGCUGACGAGAUGGAUAGCUUCACUGCUACUUUGAGGCCCGGUGCGAGAGUCAAUUUGGGCGACAGCUCCGCGAUGAAACAGCUUAUCUUCGAAGCUCAGACCAUGACAGUGGCAGAGCUCCGAGCUACCAUGCAAUCCGGUGAGGAGGUGUCUCGGAAGCUUCCGGCGUCGGAGCGCUCAAUGCGCAUCGAGGAUCAGAAGCAACGCCUCAAAGGCCUCCCGCUGGAGGGCCCUUUGUCCGUAGCCCACUGCGUGUAUGACAAGCUCGCGAACAUGCGCGAGAACGACGAACUGAAGUACCUCUCCCCCGGUGAGUGCAUCACCCGUGAUGCUGAGCUUUGUUGUGAGAAGCCUCCCAAGGCCUUACAGCUCGACGCUAAUAAGAUGGGCAUCGUGGUGAAGGAUGAGGAAGCCCUGGCCACCAUGUCAGUCGACAGCGAUUUGCAGCUUUACCAGGCAAUGAUGAGGCGAGCUUUGGCCAUGGACCUUGUUGGUUUAGCUUCUUAUGAGACGGUGCAGAAGUGGAAUGAACGGCUUUUCCGCAUUAUGAGCCAGGACCCGCCACCGGAGUUCCAGAAGGUCUCGAGGGCACAGGUGCUGAGGGCAGACCGGCAAUGUUUCCUGGAGCUUGCCCGCACGUGCAAUGGGAACCUGAAGCCUGACGCAAGGGGCGUGCUCCCGCUCGACAAGGAGUUUGAGAAGCUAGAGUACAACCAAUCGGUACCACCACUUGCUGCAGCUCAGGUUGCGACGGGGAUGCAGCCACGCAAGUUCCCUCUGGCCCCAGUUCCUGAAUUUAAGCGUUUUGUGCAAAUUGCUGUGCCGCAAUGUCCACCUCUGGACUCCAAGAACCGGCUGCUGAGCACUCUUCGCGUGCAGGACACUGUUGUGCCUGCUGGUUCCAAGCUUGUGCCGCCUCUUUCUCGACUGGCUGCCGAUCGUGUAGAAGGGGAAGGUUUGAUCUGCAACCAGGUGCACCGUACUUCGCAGGCUGGAGCAUCGCUCGCCGAACACAAUCCAGACGCUUCGGACGCGUCGAGUGGUGUGAAUCAGGCAGCACCCCCCCCUUGUGGUUCCGCCGGUGCCCUCCCUUCCUCUUCGGGUCUAGUGGGUGCUGCCUGUGAUAGUGUUCAUCCCUCUGGCGAUACCGACAUGUCCCCUUGCAUGCAAACUGAUGGGCGAGCAGCACCUCCCAGUUGUGGUUCUCCCGCCUUCCCCUCUUCCCCUUCGGGUGUAGGCGGUGCUGCUCCAUUAGCUUUAAGCCCCACAUGUUCAGGCUCGCUGUUAUGUGCGACCGAGUGUGAAGCAGAGAUGCUGGCCUCGAAUCUUGGUGCUAGAGUUGAUGCCAGCAGCCUUGUCAGUAUAUUCGAAACCUUACCAGCCGAAGUGCCAGCACGUGGCGUUGAUGAUGCUCGAGAGAAGGCUUGGACCGCGGGGGCUUAUUCCCAGAACAAGCUAUGUGGCCUGCGGAAGCACACCAGAGCUUUCCCUCGUGUUGUCUCUGCUGCUGUCAGGUACUUGCGUACAUGCUUCCCAGAUGCAUGCUUCGCGACGAUUGCCUUUUACUCCAACGUUUGCACUCCGAUGCACAGGGAUGCAAAUAACUUGGAGGGCACGCUGAACUAUGUUGCUCCCCUCACAUCUUUCAAAGAUGGAGGCAUUUGGGUGCAGGAUGUUGAGGGCAAUCACUCCCGGAUGACGCCAUGCGGCCAAUCCACAGGCCGUGUAUUGCAAGUCUGCGAGGGUCCCGUGCAUUUUGAUGCACACCGCUUUCAUUGCACCUUGCCUUGGCUUGGAUCAAGAAUCGUCCUGAUCGGCUUCACUCCGAGAAAUCUUUCGUCGCUGAAACAGAGUGACACUAGACUUCUUCUAGACCUGGGCUUUCCGCUGCCGGGUCACAGCCCACCGAUCCUGCCAGCCAUUGCGGCGCCUCAGGUUGACAGGGCUGACAAUCCACAGGUUGAGCUUGCCGAGGCGCGGGAUCGAGAGAUGUGUACCUUGACGUUUGGCGUGUAUCAUACUGAAAGCGAGUUCGUGCGUGCCGCCGUGAAGGCGGGUCACCCUAAAGCAAUGGUUGACUCGUUACCAGCACAUCUUGAAUCUUGCAUAGAUCUAGUGUCGAAGGCCCCGCCGAGUGCCAUCGUCGAGCGGCGCAAGCAGUGGCUGGAUAAGUGGACCGCCCGCGCCGCUGAGAUAGGUGUGCGUCCUGACCCUAUCUGGGAAGUCGAGGACUCGCACAUGAGGGAGGUGCUGCGAAGCAAACGACUACAGCUGUUGGAUGAGAUUAUCGCGAGCGAGGGCUAUGAGGACGUGAGCUUGGCCAGUGACAUAAGAUCGGGUUUCGACUUAGUGGGGACCUCGCCUGUGUCGAACGUGCUGCCUGGGAAAGUGUCUCCAGCAUCCCUUCACCCUGACGAUGUCAGCGCUUCGGAUGUAGACAGGGGCUGGCUUGUGGGCCCAUAUGGUUGGGACGACUUGCCCGACGGGUAUGUCGUAUCGCACCGCUUCCCUUUGUGGCAGCACGACAAAUUGCGGCCCAUCGAUGACUACAGCCGCAGCGGGGUGAAUGCAUGCGUGACCACCCUAGAGCAGCCCACAGUGGACACUGCAGAUGUGGCGGCCGCCAUGUUUGCCAAACUGUGCGAGGGACUCGGGAAAGCCAAGCGACCCUCUUGGAUCAAGGGCCGUUCUUUCGACUUGACCGCUGCAUAUCGGCAGCUAUGUGUCUCCACUGCCUCCAGGAAGUUUGCUGUGAUUGCCGUUUACAACCCUCACACGGGGAAGACAUGCCUUUUCACACAAAUUUGCCUCCCGUUUGGUUCCCGAGCAUCGGUCAACGGCUUUAUCAGGUGCUCUCGGUGCAUCCAAUGGUUGGCGACGCGCUGCCUCCUUGUACCGACGACUUCAUAUUACGACGACUUCAUAGUAGCGUCGCCCGACUGCCUAGCAGACAAUACAGGAAGCACGAUGGAGCUACUGUUCCAGCUGUUAGGUUGGGUGUUUGACACAGUGGGCCCGAAAGCCGACACCUUCUCUCGAGAUGUCUCGGCUCUUGGAUUGCACUUUGACUUGUCUGAGAGCGGGGGUGGUGUCGUUACGGUGGACAACACCGAGAAGAGGAAGAGGGACAUCCAUGCUUUGGUUUCAGACGUGCUUGCCAAGGGCGAGCUCUCUUAUAAAGGUGGCAUGGAGUUGCGUGGCAAACUUGCUUUUGCAAACUCGCAGGUUAUGGGUAAAGCCGGGCAUUACGCCCUCAAACAUGUCAGCACACCCGUGCAUGCAUACCCUUUCAUGCCGAAGUUGAGUGCUGCCACGACCGAUGCAUUGAGCUUUCUGAUGGCCCGCAUACUUGAAGGACAACCCAGAAGGAUUCAUAAGCCGCUAGGCCUGCCAUGGUUCGUGUACACUGAUGCGAGUUUUGAGCCUGACUAUACCGGAGGUUUAGGUGGCGUGCUGAUCUCGCCUUCGGGUUCCGUAGUCGGGUGGUUUUCACUGCUCCUGGAGAGCACCGACAUUCGCCCUUUGCUGCCCUUGAAAGCGGAGACAGGCAUCGGCGAGUUGGAAGCCAUAGCGGUUGUACUUGCAUUUCAGUUGUGGGAGGAACACUUGAAGUCCACCGAGUGCGUGGCAUACCUUGACAACGAAGGCGCACGAUGUUCGCUGAUCAAGGGCUGCUCAUCGUCUUGGUCUAUCACGCGGAUCUGUCACAUCUUCGCUAAGACUUGUGAAUCGCACACGGUGCUGCCCUGGCUAGCACGUGUCCCGUCGUGCAGCAAUGUGGCAGACUACCCCAGUAGAGGUAGGGACUGCAGUAUGCUUCCUCGCAAUCGCGCAUCGACAGAGCCUUGCGUGAGAGCUCUUUUCGACAGCUUGGUGCAAUCCAUCAUAACCCUUUCCUAA